AGUAUUCCCUUCUUCCUCCUUCUUUUAGCGUUCUAGUGUUUUUCUUGCUUAGAUUUUAUUUUGUUCUCCUACAAGUUUCAAGUCAAGUUUCGAGCAAAUAUUUUCUUUAGACGUCUUCACAGCUUACGAGACCAAAUUACUGCAGAUCGGUAAGGAUUUAUGGUUUUUUGCUCCACAUCGCUUUCUCCUCCUUAGUUUAAGUACAAGGAACAUUUUUGUUUAAACCUGAAUUAAUGUGAUCCUUAUUUUUACAAUUUGGUUUAUAACCUUGGUGCUACAUCCUGCUUAAACGUUUUUAGGUCCCCUCGGCCAAUCAGAAUUACUGCUGUCGCUCUUCAGUUGACAAGCCUCCCCGAUUUUUGCAGGAAGCCACGAUGACAUCAGAGGACCUUUUGAAAACCCUGGAGGAUCUGAAAGAAGUGGAAUUUGAGAAAUUCAAGUGGUUUCUGGAGCACUCUGACACCCUGGAAGACUACCAGGCCAUCCAAGCGUCCAAACUGGAGAAGGCAGAAAGGUGGAACACGGUGGAUCUGAUGAAAAACACCUACAAACUCGAUGGAGCUCUGAAGGUGACCGAGAAGAUUUUAGAGAAGAUGGAAAGAAAUGAUCUGGUGCAGCGUCUGUCCGACACCGUCUCAGCAACACAAGAUGUGGCUACUGCAAACAAUCUGCCAUCUGAAGAUCAGAUCAGAGAGAAAACAGAGCAACAAGUGACCAAACCAGGAGAAGUUCUCUGUGACGUCUGCACUGGAACCAAACUGAAGGCCCUGAAGUCCUGCCCGGUGUGUCUGACCUCCUACUGUGGGACUCACCUGGAGCCUCAUCUGACAGCUUCAGGACUGAAACGACACCAGCUGAUCGACCCUGUGAAGAACCUGGAGGACAGGAUGUGUACGAAGCACCAUAAACCUCUGGAGCUGUUCUGUAAGACCGACCAGACAUGUGUCUGCAUACUCUGCCACGUUUCAGACCACAAGAUGCACAAUGUUCUUCCUCUGGAAGAAGGAUAUGAGGUAAAGAAGGCAGAACUUGGGAAGACAGAUGCUGAAAUUCAGCAGAUGAUCCAGAAGAGACAACAUAAGAUUCAGAAGAUUAAAGAGUCAACUGACUUCAGUGAGAAAGAUGCAGAGAGAGAGAUCGCAGAAGGUGUUCAGGUCUACACGGCUCUGAAGGAGACUGUUGAGAGAGGCCUGAGCGAGCUCAUCAACACGAUCAAAGAGAAGCAGAAAUCAGCAGAAAAACAGGCUGAAGUUUUCAUCGAAGAGCUGGAACAGGAAAUCUCUGAGCUGAAGAAGAAAAGCUCUGAGGUGGAGCAGCUCUCACGUACUAAAGACCACCUCGUUCUUAUCCAGAGUGUCCAGUCCCUGAAAGCUGCUCCACCCACCAAGAACUGGACAGAGGUCAGCUUCUAUCCAUCAACAUACAUAGGGACUGUGAGGAAAGCUGUAGCCCAGCUGGAGGAGACACUCAGUCAACAGAUGAAGAAGCUACCCAUUUUAGCCGAGCUGAAGAGGGUCCAGCAGUGUGCAGUGGAUGUGACUCUUGAUCCUGAUACAGCACAUCCUCAACUCGUCCUGUCUGAUGAUGGAAAACAAGUGAAACAUGGCAAUACGGAGAAGAAACUUCCAGUAUACUCAAAGGGAUUCUCCCAUUCCUUUACUGUUCUAGCAAAGCAGAGUUGCUCUUCAGGCAGAUUUUACUUUGAGGUUGAAGUUAAAGGAAAGACUAAAUGGACUUUAGGAGUGGUCAGAGAGUCGGUCAACAGGAAGGGAAAAAUUCCUCUGAACCCACAAAAUGGUUUCUGGACUUUGUGUUUGACAAAUGGAAAUGAAUAUGAAGCUCAUGCAGGCCCUUCAGUCUUUCUCUGUGUUCAGUCCCCCCCUCAGAAGGUGGGGGUGUUUGUGGAUUAUGAGGAGGGUCUGGUCUCCUUUUAUGACGUAGAUGCUGCAGCUCUCAUGUACUCCUUUACUGGCUGCUCCUUCACUGAGAAACUCUUCCCGUACCUUAAUCCCAGCAGUAACAAUGGUGGUAAAAACGCUGCACCUCUGAUCAUCUCUCAAAUCAGAGUAAACUGAUCGCUUAUUUCAUGUACUGAUUUAAUUCUGUUCAAGGGACCAAAUGUCCAUAAUUAGUGUAAAUAUUGUAUAGUUUACAUUUACACAGAAUCUUGAUAUGAUGUUUAAUUUACACUCAAUUGAUGAGAUUUGUUAUCGUAUGUGUACAGUUACACAGACUGCACAUCAUUUGAUGCAUUCAUCUUUUCAAACCUGCAUCAGGAUGCACAUGUUUUGUGGAAAAUCUCUAUUCAAAUCUCUGUUAAACUCACAUAAAUGUAUUUUCUGUUGCAGAAGAAAUCAAUAGGUCCGUUCGACCUAGUUCUGAGCAGAACUGAUCACCGGCAAUUGACAAGCAAUGCAUGCUGGUUAGAUUUGUGUCUGAGCCCAGUCUAAUCUGCUCUGACGUCACGCAAAAGUGGAAGGCUGUAAUUUUGCAGUUUCAAGGCGGCCGCAGAUCGUAGAGCCAGGCGCCGCAGCUGCUCUCCGCCGACUGCACCGCCUGCAUCUCAGCUGAUCGAACAGCUGAUUGGUUCAGAUGUUGACUUUUUUUUUCUGGUGUUGAAUUUCAGAGAUUUGGAAUUCAUUUGUCUUAUUUGAAGUUAUUUUUCUUCUGUUAACAGAGUUCAUGUUGUAACUGAUGGUGACGUUUUGCAGUCACAAAGUCUAAAUACAUUCAUCAUAAAGUAAACAGUCUAUUAGACAGUAUUUUCAUUAUUUUAAGGACGGAAAAGAGGGAUUGAAGAUUAAACAGCACAGAGACUUGUGGUCAGUAGUCUAUAUGUGAGGAUUCUUAAAUCCACACGUGUACAGAUGUGAUAGGCUGACUGACUGAUCUGACAGCUGUUAUGAUGGUUUUGAUUUAUUGACGUAAUUUUUUUAGGGUGGCAGAAUCGUUCAGCAGAUUUAUAAACAGCAGCAAAAUGAUAUGAUUCUGAUUUACAUUAGAAAUUAUAUAAAUGAAGCUCAACCGUGUACAGAAAUAACAGAUUGUCUGUAUAUUUGAAAAGUUUACAUUGUCCAUCACUACAAUAAUUUGAGACCGUAAACAGGCUGAUAAACGGACAUGAUAAGAUCUGAAUGAGUAAUAAUAAUCUAACCGGAUGUGGGUGCUUCUGUGGCUUCCUGUACAGACUGAAGGCUGCUGGCAAAAAGUCAGAUUUCCGACUUGAUGGCAGUUUUUUGUCGCCACCUCGCUGUCCAGGCGAGGCGCAGCUCAGCUCAAACAAACCUGUUUCAAUAACACUAAAUAUGUCAAGCUGAAAUUUGAUUUUGAGCAAAUUUGCAAAAAUGCUGCAAAAUGUUUUAAAUUUUCUUUUGUCUUCUAACUAUCUAAGUGUUUUGUCUGGGAAGUGCUUUGAUUAAUUACUGUUCAC